CCUGAAUCCAAGGUAAAACAACAUGAUGGUGGAAACGGAAAUCCAUCGAAUAAAAUUCGUGCGUUUCGUGACAAGUAUGGAUGAUGUCGGACGAGCACGCCCACAGGAGAAAAGAAAAAAAACAGUUUUUGACGGAAUAACGCUAACAAGAAAAUAACCUGUCAAAAGUAUAGCAAGAACUUCAAAGACUAAUGGUCGCUGCGAGCGGCUGCACGCCAUUCGGGCGGUCUCGCCGCUUCGGGGUUCAUCUUCUCUUUGGCCGGGAUAGGUGGUAAACGUUCAGCUCAGGCUACAGCAGAACCGCAACGAAAAGAACGUCCCUGCACCAGCGUGAAGGGUCCGAGAAGCAGCGGAAAUAAGUACAUUCCCGCACUCCACGUAGGAUCACGAAAAGCCUGUGCGCAACGGUAAAGACAGUCAGGAGAAGCAAGUGUCGCACUGGCCGACCGCUGCUUUUGCGAGAACAAGAUGGUGAAUCAACAGGACCAGCAGCUCUACCGGGAGGAACCACCCGAAGAUGGUUCAUUUUUCGCGAAUAUCCACCAGGACAAGCGAGUACUUAUUUUGAUUCCAGCAUUUUUUCCAAAAUGUCAAUGUGAUCAUGUUCAGGGCUUUUUUGAUUGCUAUGUGUGAUGUUGUUUUAGCUGGGAUACGCGAUCAGGAACGCCUUGGCUUCCCGCAUGCGACCGGCCUUGGCUUCCCGCAUGCGCGUGAUUGAAUGUCACCGUUCUUCUUCUUACCAAUAAAUGUGGUCGUCUUGUUGAUUGAUUCUAGCAGUCCAUGCGACAGCUACCACCGUCUGUAUGUCAGGUAUAUCGGGGAAGUACGUAUGCCAACGGCAGACCGGGAGCAGGACCACAGAGAAGUCCAAAGCGAGUAAAAAAGAGAACAGAGCCCGAAGCUGCAAAUCCAUUUUCUAUCGACCUGCCGAAGCCAGAAAGAAUCCCCGUCGACUUGCUCAGGUAAUGAAACAACUAAACCGUAGUUUCGUUUGCCGUAAUGCAUAUGCAUUGUGCGAUCGAUUUCGAUUCCGCUCGUUGAUCCUGUUUCGACCUGUAUCCUUUUUGACGAUUUCCUGGAUUAAGAUUCAAUUUUCAAACAUUUUCACAGCCAUCUCGUGGAACCCCGGCCCCAGCUGCACCAUGCCUCGGAGAGCUCACAGACAGAUAAUUUCAAGCCCCGGCCGCCAGAGCCGAAGUUCGUCCCAAAAAAGACCGGGGUGGACGCGGCAACACACAUACCGGAGGGAGAGCUUUUCAAAUUUGACACCGAAAUCGAGCCCGUGCUAAAUGUACACAAGAUCAUUGUUUUCAUGUGAAUUCGAUUUGAAUAACCGCGUGUGUUCGGCGCAUCCGUAUAUUCAUGCUCAUGCUCCUUUGAUGUUAGUAUCGUACAGUUGAAAUAAAGACACUUUUCAAUUUCGUUUGGAAUGGAUGCUUCUCUCACGAAAUGCAGGUCCUGGUUACAAAAACGAUUGAACAAGCUGUAAUGGAAGUGGAGGAGGAGCUCGAAAUGCAAGCAAUGACGGCGUACAAGUCAUCCUGGCUCGAGGAUUGCAGAAUACGCCGCGAAGAGGAGCUUGCCGAAGUAGAAGCCGAGAGGGCGCGGUAAGAAAUCGUUCGAUAUUUUUGUGUGAGCUGGUGUGACAUAAUGAAUUUCGAAUUCGAUAUAGGAGGGGAUGAUUUUCUCACGAACACGAAUAAAGGUCGUAGCUACAAACAUACACCUUGCUUCUCGCACUCAACUACACAGCAUGGCUGCCACCGAGCGGCUCAAGCGAAAGAGGAUAGCGGCCCGGGAGAGCGAGUUGCGCAAGAAAAUUCUCUGCCAAUACGCCUCCAAGCGGUAUCUUUCGGGAUUGUGCUCCGGUGCCCUGGAGAGUGUGCAGGCCGACCACGGGCUUUUUCCUGCUGCAGAGAGAAGAAUCAUCGCCGCCGAGUUUCUGCCUUGGGUACCUACUAGGGAUAUUCUGUAACUUGUUGUUUUUUCCAAUGCCAAGAAGAAGCUUGCUCCACAUUGUUUUUCCAAUGACGGCGUAUAGCCUUUUGAAUUCCUGAACCUGAUGCGAGAUCGUUUCGGCUUUGAAGAAGACCCAUAGCAACAGAUUUAAAGAGGCUUAUUGUGGCGCGCGUCAUAUUUUUGAAAAAAGACCGUGCGGCACUUUAUCACUGCCGACGAGUACAUGUAAAAUGAUGAACCUCUACCUGGAAUAAACGCAAAGUGAAAUAAGAAACUCGACAAACAUCAAAGGUGCUUACCCAGACGACCAAGAAGCUCGCGGACUGCAAAAGGAACGACGCGAUCGUCAGUGACCUCGUGCGCACCAAUUGCAUGGAGCGCUUCACAAGCAGGAAAAAAGUCCUUACCGAGCUCGAGCAGAAGCAGGCGGAGCUCGACCAAGCCGAGCUGGCCCGGCGGGAGGAGGAGCGCAGGUAUGUGCCACCGCCAGACCCGGUUGAUGAGGAGAAACCCGAUGAAGAGGAGGAAGCAGCGGCGGAUGAGUAAAGAAUAGGUCUGCAAGAAGAAGAAGAAGAACCAUCAAAUCCUCGGUCGGUGCGACGCAGAAACUAAUCGCAGUUUUUGUUGUGCCUCGUCCGCGGGGGAAAUGAAAGACAUGCAGAUAAAGCCGUUGCCUGCAUUGCCAUGCGGCCGAAUCAAAUAAAGUCUCAUUGUUGCGAUUGAUACAAGGAAGGUAGAAGCACGAUAAAUAACGAUAACCCUUAACAAUUUGAUACAAGAGUUUGUUGCUAAUUGAUACAGUCACUGAGCAGACGUUGCUGUCUGUAAAGCGAGAAAUCUUGAGUAAAGUUUGUCAACGAAAAAUACCGGUGGGCAGGCGUCGUCCUAGCAGGUUGGUAUUGGCGUCGAGAAGAGUGAGCGCGUUCUGCUCGACGGACGAUUACAGAGCUUUUGAAAAAUCCACACUUCACACCGAAAAUGAAAUGUACAAAAAGAAAAAACACGACACAAAUGAAAGCUUUCGAUGUAAAUGGAGCGUUUCUACUUCAUCCUACACAGC